AUGACAAGCUUCUUCCUCUUUCUCAUCUUUUUCUUCUUCAUCUUUCCCGUCUUUUUCUUCUUCCACUUUCUCGUCUUUUUCUUCUUCCACUUUCUCGUCUUUAGCUUCUUCCUCUCUCUCGUUUUUAGCUUCUUCCUCUUUCUCGUCUUUUUCUUCUUCCUCUUUCUCGUCUUUUUCUUCUUCCUCUUACUCGUCUUUUUCUUCUUCCUCUUUCUCGACUUUUUCUUCUUCCUCUUACUCGUCUUUUUCUUCUUCCUCUUUCUCGUCUUUUUCUUCUUCUACUUUCUCGUCUUUAGCUUCUUCCUCUUUCUCGUCUUUUUCUUCUUCCUCUUUCUCGUCUUUUUCUUCUUCCACUUUCUCGUCUUUUUCUUCUUCCUCUUUCUCGUCUUUUUCUUCUUCCUCUUCCUCGUCUUUAGCUUCUUCCUCUUUCUUGUCUUUUUCUUCUUCCUCUUUCUCGUCUUUUUCUUCCUCUUUCUCGUCUUUUCCUUCUUCCUCUUUCUCAUCUUUUUUCUUCCUCUCUCUCGUCUUUUUUUUCUUCCUCUUUCUUGUCUUUUUCUUCUUCCUCUUUCUCGUCUUUUUUCCUCUUUCUCGUCUUUUCCUUCUUCCUCUUUCUCAUCUUUUUUUCUUCCUCUUUCUCGUCUUUUUUUUCUUCCUCUUUCUCGUCUUUUCCUUCUUCCUCUUUCUCGUCUUUUUUUUCUUCCUCUUUCUCGUCUUUUUCUUCUUCCACUUUCUCGAUUUUUCUUCUUCCACUUUCUCGUCUUUUUCUUCUUCCUCUUUCUCGUCUUUUUCUUCUUCCUCUUUCUCGUCUUUUCCUUCUUCCUCUUUCUCGACUUUUUUUCCUUCCUAUUUCUCCUUCUUCCUCUUUCUCGUCUUUUUCUUCCUCUUUCUCGUCUUUUCCUUCUUCCUCUUUCUCGUCUUUUUCUUCUUCCACUUUCUCGUCUUUUCCUUCUUCCUCUUUCUCGUCUUUACCUUCUUCCUCUUUCUCGUCUUUUUCUUCUUCCUAUCUCUCUCGUCUUUAGCUUCUUCCUCUUUCUUGUCUUUUUCUUCUUCCUCUUUCUCGUCUUUUUCUUCCUCUUUCUCGUCUAUUCCUUCUUCCUAUUUCUCAUCUUUUUUUCUUCCUCUUUCUCGUCUUUUUUUCUUCCUCUUUCUCGUCUUUUCCUUCUUCCUCUUUCUCGUCUUUUUUUCUUCCUCUUUCUCGUCUUUUUCUUCCACUUUCUUGAUUUUUCUUCUUCCACUUUCUCGUCUUUUUCUUCUUCCUCUUUCUCGUCUUUUUCUCCUUCCUCUUUCUCGUCUUUUUCUUCUUCCUCUUUCUCGUCUUUUUCUUACUCCUCUUUUUCGUCUUUUUCUUCUUCCUCUUUCUCGUCUUUUUCUUCUUCCUCUUUCUCGUCUUUUUCUUCUUCCUCUUUCUCGUCUUUAGCUUCUUCCUCUUUCUCGUCUUUUUCUCCUUCCUCUUUCUCGUCUUUUUCUUCUUCUACUUUCUCGUCUUUAGCUUAUUCCUCUUUCUCGUCUUUUUCUUCUUCCUCUUUCUCGUCUUUUUCUUCUUCCACUUUCUCGUCUUUUUCUCCUUCCUCUUUCUCGUCUUUUUCUCCGUCCUCUUUCUCGUCUUUUCCUUCUUCCUCUUUCUCGUCUUUUUCUUCUUCCACUUUCUCGUCUUUUUCUUCUUCCUUCUUCCUUUUUUCUUCGUCUUUUUUUUCUUCCUCUUUUCUCGUCUUUUUUCUUCCUCUUUCCUCUUUUUCUUCUUCUUUUCUUCUUUUUCCUUCUUUUCUCGUCUUUUUCUUCUUCCUCUUUCUCCUUAUUCCUCUUUCUCGUCUUUUUUUUCUUCUUCCUCUUUCUCGUCUUUUUCUUUCUUCCACUUUCUCGUCUUUUUUCUUCUUCCUCUUUUCUCGUCUUUUUUUCUUCCUCUUUCUCGUCUUUUUCUUCUUCCACUUUCUCGUCUUUUUCUUCUUCCUCUUUCUCGUCUGUUUUUUCUUCCUCUUUGUCGUCUUUUUCUCCUUCCUCUUUCUCGUCUUUUUCUUCUUCCUCUUUCUCGUCUUUUUCUUCUUCCUUUUCUCGUCUUUUUUUUCUUCCUUUUCUCGUCUUUUUCUUCCUCUUUCUCGUCUUUUCCUUCUUCCUCUUUCUCGUCUUUUUCUUCUUCCUCUUUCUCGUCUUUUCCUUCUUCCUCUUUCUCGUCUUUUUCUUCUUCCUCUUUCUCUUUUUUUCCUUCUUCCUCUUUCUCGUCUUUUUCUUCUUCCUCUUUCUCGUCAUUUCCUUCUUCCUCUUUCUCGUCUUUUUCUUCUUCCUCUUUCUCGUCUUUCCCGGACCAUAACAUCUAGUCUUUUACUUCUUCGUCUAUGUCGUCUUUUUCUUCUUCGAUUACGAUUUUAUUCUUCUGUUUCUGCUUUUUCUCUUUCUCAUUCAUCUUCUCUGCUUGUUCUUCUUCGUCAUCUUUUGCUUCUUCGUUUACGUCGUAUUUUCUCUUUGUUAUUAAUUUACCAUUUGACUUUGUCCAUGUUCUCUCUCACUUAUAGAUAUUCUUGCAUUCUUCUUCUUCUUGUUAAGUCGUCUUUUCUUCUUCCACUACGAUGUUUUCUUUCGUCUACGUUCUUUCUUUCCUAUUUAUCUUAA